CCAAACUCACUGUAACCUCUCCAAAACCCGCACAACAAAUUAUCUGCAAAUAGCAACAAAGAAGAUGAUGGACGCUUAUUCUGGAGUUUCUGGCAGUGAUACAACAAACCAACAAGAGAGACACUAUUACCUCCUGUCAGAACUGCAAAGUUUAGUCAAAGAUCUUCCCAGUUCCUUUCAACAGCGGUUGUCCUACAACACCCUCAGUGACCUGGCUUUGGCUCUGAUCGAUGGGACUGUGUAUGAAAUAGUGCAGGGACUCUUGGAUAUUCAACAUUUGACAGAGAGAAAUCUGUACAACCAAAGGCAGAAAUUGCAUGGUGAACACCAAGCACUUAAACAAGAGCUUGUAAGGAAGCACAAAGAUGCUCUACAGACAUGCAAGUCACACAACCUGGCUCUUUUAAAAUCUAACCAGCAAGCAGAGCUAGAGGCUUUGGACGUCCGUGUUCGAGAAGAACAAAGGAUGAUGGAUAAAAAGAUUGUAGCAGAAAUGGAUCAAAAAGUAAUAGACCAACAGAACACUCUUGAGAAGGCUGGAGUGCCUGGGUUUUAUGUCACCGUUAAUCCUCAGGAGCUGACAAUGCAGAUGAAUCUUCUUGAACUUAUUCUGAAACUUCAACAAAAGGAGUCUCAAUCAGGAAUAAUUUGAAUCCAACAUCAAUUUGGAUAGAACACAAAACAAAAGCCCAGAGUGUGCAGGUCUGCCCAAAGCUUUGAUGGCUAUUACUGACCUGCUGCUGGGGAUAUAUGGUGCAUAUGUGUACCGGACAUCUAGAGAAAUCUAGAAGAAAGUUUGAAGCCUACUAGUAGUGGCACAGUGAUUUCUCUGAUAUCAGAAGUAAGUGGAGUUGGAUAUAAAAUAGGCUACCAACUUGAAUAGGCCAUAUUGUAUGUGUUAUUACCAAAGAAAGCAUCUGGACUUUUGUUGGAGAAAACCUUUGUUUUAUUGAACUUAAUGGAAGAAGUUCUCAAGACAUCCAAAUGUAUGUCUGGUUAUUGAAUAAUCAAGGUUUUGUUUAUAGUGAGAAACAUUCUGUGGUAGCCUAAGGUGUGCAUUUUCAGGUCAUACUAUGGGCAUGUGGACUGAUGAAGUGUUUCAAACUGUGAAUAAAUUAUUGCACAAAUAAAAUAUAAAUUAGCAAUUGAU